CCCACUGAAGAAGAAAGAAGUUCGUCAGUGUUCGACAUGUUGAAUACAAUCACAUGGCAGGCCUUGCUACUGUAAAAGCGGGAUUGGAGAAAUUCGUUAUUUCUUCUGGAUAACUCUAAUCUAUGAAAAUCACUUAAGGACUAGAUUGACAACCUAAAAGUUGCUAUAAAGGUAAGUUAUUUGCAUGGAGGUUUACUUCAAGUCUACUUGAAGAAGGCAAUAAAAGGCUACAAGUUUAAGUUUGCUGCUGUGAUGUCUUGCAUACGAGAACUCUUACAAUAGAGUGUUUUGGCAGCAAAGAACUUUACAGAAUGCUUCUCAAUAAUCUGCUGUGUAUCAUCUCUAGAGAUACUGUAGCUUCGAUGCAACAAAGAGAGUGAGAUUAUCCAUGGAUUGUGGUCUACUGAUUAUUACAUAGUGAUUAUGUAUAUUACAGGUCCAAUGUUUACCAACAAGCUGCUGACCCUGGUGCUGGUGGUGCAGCCUGGACGGGUGCUGCUGGGCAUGAAGAAGAGAGGGUUCGGCGCAGGGAAGUGGAAUGGGUUUGGUGGCAAAGUCCAAUCUGGGGAGACUAUUGAAGAGGCUGCCAGGCGGUGAGAUUGGUUGCAGUCCUCGGUAGUUGGAUGUGUCUUGAAAAAUAGUUUUUCCUACAGUUGUGUUUAACAAUUUGCAUGUAAAAUCAUGUAACCAGAUUCCAGCACUGGGCAGUAUCUAACACGGUAUACCCUCAUACAUGUCAUAUUGUGACGUUACAGUAGGCAUGCCUGUUAUGAGGCCUGCUAUCUAGUUUUUUCCUACUUUGGUCUGAAGGCAACACACUUUCCUGCUACUUUCUCUCUACUUACAAACUAUUUGUUCUCUCCAGAGAACUGCAGGAGGAAUGUGGCCUCACAGUGGAUGCACUUAAUAAGAUUGGAAAUAUCAAAUUUGAAUUCAUCGGAGAAACAGAGCUGCUUGACGUCCAUGUUUUCCGAGCUGAAAACUACAACGGGGAGCCAACAGAGUCAGAUGGUAUUCAUUCUCAAUCUCAUGCAUUCUAUUUAGGGCCAGGAGGUUUGUGACCAGGAUAAACUCAUGGCCCAAUAGGCUAUAAUCGUAGUCCCCAUAGUUUUCCUGGAAAAAAACUGCUGACCCUAUACUACAUGCCUUUUUAUGGACAUUUCUUAAGACUGAUGUCUGACAAAGCUCACUAACUUAUACUUUUUCUCUUAUAGAGAUGAGGCCACAGUGGUUUGACUCUGACAAGAUACCCUUCAGUCAAAUGUGGGUUGAUGAUGUUCUGUGGUUUCCACUGAUGCUUCAAAAGAAGAAGUUCUUGGGCUACUUCAAAUUUCAGGGUCAUGACUUAAUCAUCGAUCACAAGUUGGAGGUGGUAGACAAGCUUUAAGACAGACUACUGGCCUCUGACUCAUUCAUACUGUAUCAAAGAUCAUCCCCUCAUGUUGCCUACCUGCAGAAUCCCUACUGAUUCCAGCUGCCCUUGUUCAUAUUCAGUGCCUUCAAAUCUCCAGAUCUUUGUAAAUUUACAAAAGCUUUUAGUUGCCAGUGAUAACCAUAUGCCUGUGAAUCAGUCCUAAAAAUUCCCACUGAGCCAAAACGAAAUACUGGAUGUGUAAAUGUUGAUGACAUUUAUUUUAUUUUAUUUCACCUUUAUUUAACCA